CAUGUGACGGGCGCAUUGAGGAGGUCCCAGGAGGCACAACCCUGCAGCAGCUGUGGCGCCGACAUCCCACCCUCUGCGACGGCCGCCGUUACUUCCUCGUCACUCACCCUCACACUCAACGUCACACUCAACCUCACACAAGCAGUCAUGCACGCACCACCGCAACGCAUGGUGGUGAUGGUGCCAGCGCUGCUGCUCCCGGGGCCGCCGAUGAUGCCGAUGUGAUCUUUCGCCCGCAGGACGUGUUAGAGGCGGGGGCUUGCUACCGUGCUGAGCCAGUCAGGGGACCGCUUGCCUCGAUGCUGGCAGGAACAACCCUUUCACAAGCUCACUCGCUACAAGACACAGCAACAGCACCCAUGACAGCCACCAUAGAGCUUCCAGACGGCAGCACAAGAGACGUGGAGGCGGGGUUUAUGGCAUGUUAUCGUGGGCGGGCGCUGCUGCUGCGGCACGACAGGGUGAAGGGCGUCCUGCGCUACAUGGCAUGGCGCACAUGUUCCACUGUGAGUGAUGAGGGAUGUGUUGUAGCAGCAGCAGCUCAGCCCAGCGCACGCCAGACAACUCCCCCCUGCACCACCUCCCCUCCUUUGCCACGCCUUCGUUCAAUGCUCCUUCCCCCCUCGCCUCCUCCCCGCCUUCCACCUUGA